AUGCUGUUUAAUCUCGGAUUGACCGCUGAUGCCGCCGCUGCCCACGAGAGCGAUCUCGUCGGCCCCCAAUCCCCUCCGAAUCCCCCCACCAGAGCCUCCUCACCAUUGACUGCGCUCUCCUCUUUACCAAGCCUAGGGACCAUCUACAAUAAAUAUAAGACAAUGGAACCACAGGCAACCCAUGGUGCUGCCCUGCGCGACAUGACCCGGAGUCCUGUCGAAUCCGUCUUGUCCAGCGACGGCGAGCAUUCCGUCGUCGAUACUGGCUUUCGCGCAUCUCGUGUCGGCCGUUCACAUUCUGUCAGAAAAUCUCUACGACCAAAAACUUCCUACCAAUUGGCCCACCCCGCCAGUCAUGCCCACCAUCGAUGCUUCAAAAUCCGCCCCAAGCUCCUGUUGCAGCUCCAGCAGGUGUCUCAUACUCCCCGUCCGCUUCCCAUCCUUGACGUCCUCCCCUCCACCGUCUUCCUACCCCGACUCGCGCGCAAAUUUCCUACAAUCUUUCGCGGAAAGAACGGUCUUGGUCCCAAUGACCUGAUCAUCGUCACAAGCGACUUGUAUGACGCGGAUCCAAGAGAUAGGACGUCACAGGGCGACGACAGCGAGGAUGAUGAACAACAGGAGGUGGUCGCAACCAUUUGCCAAUUGCUCAACGAGGAGGACUUGUCCAAAGGAAAAGCGGAAAUAUGCUUCAAUCGUGGUCCUGCGUGGGAAGCAACACCCCUCCCCAACGGUGCCUAUGAGUUCGUUGCACGCACGGCCCAGGGUGUCCAAACACUGCGGUGGGUUCCGCGUGGAUCGAAGAGCCGUCGCGUAUCCGCUCCCCCGGGCUCGCCUGUGCAGCCAGAAUCCAAGCGAUUCACCUUUAGCGUUAUCAACCCCAACACACGCCGCCAUCCAGUGCUCGCUAGCAUGACCCGCAACAACCUCGAGGUCUUUGAUCAGUACUCAAUGCCCACUGCUGCCCCGAGUAGUCUCCCCACAUCCGCCAUGUCCAUGAUCAGCGACGGUUCUGACGACACUCCAGUAGAUCGCAACCUAAUCGCUGUGGAUGAUGAUCUCCGCCUCCUGAUCAUCAUCACCAGUAUCUGGGUCGCGUUUCGAGAGGGUUGGUCGCAUAACUUUAGAUACAAUGAUUCGGCCUUGGUGUUGAACUCGAAGAUGUCCUCACCUGUUGUUUCCAGGCAUGCUUCACCAACUACCAUCAAACAUGCACCUGAUUACUUUUCGGUUGAUAAGGAAGGUCAGACAGUGGAGAACCCGCCGCGUAAACACCGCGUGUCCAUGUCCAAUGUCCCGUUGUCGUCAGAGCGCCUCAAGUCGUUGGCCUCUGCUAGAUUGGCGAAACGUUCGAACUCCACUGGCGCUGCAUUCAUUGAGCGAUCCAAUCGACGGAGCUCGGGGAGCAAACGACCUCAACGACACAGCUUCUUGCCCCCGAGCGACCUCUCCCGCGACGGCGUCGCUGGCCUAGAGGCAAUUCCGUCGGAAAGCAUCACAAACGGUAGUGGGCAGGCCAAGAAUGGGAACCCUCACUCUGAGAAUACGGUCAAGUUUGCCAACCCUGAGCCCACAUCCGAGAAACCUCGUCGCAAAGCCAGCCAGCGCGUCCCGCAACCCGAACCAACAACCUCAAGGGGCCUUGAUGGACAAACUUCAGAGUCAAGUCCUCCCGCCCCCAAAUCGAAGCGUCGACACCGCAUUAGCGGGUUUUUCGACUGCAUCUUCCGACGACACCAUUGA